ACAGAAAUCCCUAUUUUCCGCAUACCUUGACCACGUGGCCGGCACAGAAUGGCGAGUGAAGAAGCUAGUAGUGCUGAUCUCUUCCUUGCUGAUACUCUCUUCAGUCGUAGUCUGCAGUCACAAGUACCAGCCUCCAGCAGAGAUGAAGAGUGCUGUCUGGGAAUAGACGAAGCUGGUAGAGGUCCUGUGCUAGGUCCGAUGGUGUAUGGGGCAGCUUUCUGCCCUGUAUCGAAGAAACAGCAAGUCAAAGAUCUUGGUGUAGCAGACUCAAAGGUCCUGAAGGAACAUCAGCGUGACAAAUUAUUCAAGGAUAUCAAUUCAUCGGGGGAGUACAUAGGAUGGAAAGUUGAGGUCCUCUCUCCAAAUCACAUCUCCAACAGCAUGCUACAGAGGACCAAGUACAGUCUGAAUGCCCUGUCACAUGAUGCUGCUAUUGGGCUCAUUCGCAGGACCCUGGCUGAUGGAGUUAAACUGACUGAGGUGUACGUGGACACAGUGGGUGACCCUGGCAAGUAUGAGGCCAAGCUGAGUGACUUGUUUCCCCAGCUGAGCAUCACAGUGGCCAAGAAGGCUGACGCUCUCUACCCCAUAGUCAGUGCAGCCAGUAUCUGUGCUAAGGUGAUACGAGAUGAGUGCUUGAAGAGGUGGAAGUUUGUGGAGGAGGAGUUUGGUGACAGUGAUCUUGGAAGUGGCUAUCCUGCAGACCCUAACACUAAGUCUUGGCUGGGCAGGAACAUAGACCCUGUGUUUGGCUACCCUACUGUGGUGAGGUUCAGCUGGGCCACCUGUCAGACGAUACUGGACGCAAAGGCAGUCGAUGUGCAAUGGCCUGAUGAUGAUGAAGACGAGGACAGUGCUGGUAUUGCCAAGAUCAGCUCGUUCUUUGCCCCGAAAUCUGAAAACCCGGACAAGAAAAGACAUAAAUUUUUCGCUGAGAGAGGACUCACUUCUGUAUCAAACUUUUAACCAACUUACAGCCAUUGUUGUAAACCUAUUCAUUGUUAUUGAGCACAUGUAAUGCAGUCAUUUGCAGCCAUUAUGCAACAUGCAUGUUCAACGCACAUGCCAAACAGUCUAGAGCGCAUGUGCAUGAAUGAUUGUGUGCACGAGUCCAGCAUAUGUGGCAUACGUCACACACAUGCUGUGUAGAUGAGGAUAAAACAAGUUUGACAAAAUUCAUUUUCCACUAUUAAAAUUUUUGGAGAAGCAGUGUGAAGUGAUUGGAGCUCAUACACCUUUCAGUGAUUCUAAGAAUAUCUGAUUUCCCUAUAGAACCCUACCAAAAAAUGUCUGAAAUGUUGCUAAGAGCUGUCCAGUUACCUCUGAACAUAGUGCUUAUGUUGCUGCUACUACCUGUCAUGCUGUUCGAAUACAUUUUUGAUGGACUUACAAUGCUGGCUAGUAUCAUUUCUCUGUUACAAUGUGAAGAUCGAAAAACUGCUUUCAAGUUUCUAACUGCUUAUCAAACUGGACAAUUGAUAAAAGCGAAAUUUCCUAACAGUAUAGCUGUACGAUCGUAAUUGUAUGUACACGUAUUACGUGUUUCCUGUGUCUGUUCAUCUCAGCAAAUUAAGUCUCAUUUCAAUCACACUACGUAAUUUUGUUCUCUUAUGUUACUAUACAUGCUGUAUUAUGUUGUUUGUCUACCAACAUCUGUUGGUCUAUGAUAAGAUCAAUAACCAAUUAAAAAAAAUCAGGUGAUUUUAA